AUGUUUUAUUUCAUUAAAAUAAAUGGAUUAGAAUUGAAAUGUUCAUAAAAAAUUAACUUACUCCGUUCAUUAAAUUAAUUGAUGAUAACAUAAUGUGGACACAAUUAAGGAUGUAUGAUUUAUAUAUAGGAAUUAAGAAAUAAAAUGUAAAUACAAUAUAUAAAGUUUUUAAUACAAAGAUUAUUUAACUACUUCAAAUCAAGACUUCUUAAUAAAAUGAAAAAAACAGUAAUUCGUGAUUUUGCGGUGAAUUUUCAAUUUAUAUUUGUACUUAUUAGUGGAAUCAAUGAGAUUCAAAUCUAUUCUUUAUAUCUAAAAAAUAAAUUUAGACUUAAUCAAACCUAAAUAAUGCUUAAAAAGAAUAUAUUAAUAAUAAUUAUAAUAAGAACCUAUUAUAUAUUAAAUGUAAUAACAUAAAAUAAUUGUAGAUUAUGUUAAUUAAUUGAAUAUCAUCUCUCAAUUUAAGUGACUGAAUAAUAAAGAGUUCAAUUACUUUUGUCUAUAUUUACAUCUACUCUUUUCGUUGUCUUUAGAACAGUUACAAAUAAAGGUAUUUGUAAUAUCUUAUUCAUAACUUGAAUUCACAAACGCUUUUAAAAAGGUUAGGUGAGGAAAUUAUUUUUUCUCAUUUUAAAAAUUUUUUUUUUUUUUUCAGAAAAUUUAGAAAAUUUAAUUGUUAUCAAAUUAAAAAAAUAUCAAAAAAAAUAAUUAAAUUAUUUAACAACAUUAUGUGAAUGCUGA